AACUCGGAAGGCGUGUGCGCGGGGCGAUUAUGGCGGACGAUGGGCCUGACUCGAAAAAUCAGAAAAAGUCCGCAAAACAUGACAGUGGUGCGGCAGACCUAGAGCGGGUUACAGACUAUGCUGAAGAGAAGGAAAUUUCGUCUGAUAUAACGGGGGCUGUUGCUACAAUUGGAGAAAGACGAAGAAAGGAGGCACAGGAGAAGAUGGAACGAGAAAUAGAGCUUGCCAAGGUUCCAAUCAGGAAAGAUGAUGUGGAACUGAUUAUGACCGAGAUGGAGAUCGGGCGGCCCCGCGCCGAGCGCUGCCUGCGCGAGCACCACGGCGACGUCGUCAAGGCGCUCGUCACGCUCACCCAGUGACCGGCUCCGCCCGGGCGCUCUGCGAGUGUGCGCGUGUGAGUGUGGCCACCCCUGUCUGUUCAUCAUCGAAUACACGUCAUCGGUCCGCGCCUCGGAA